UGGCUCCGGGAACACGGCGUCGGCAGCCGCGAUCAGCGAGCCCACCUCCAGCAUUUAAUGCGCCCGCGUGCACUCGCGCCUCCACGCUUGAGUUGUUUGUUUAGCCCGAGCUCCCCAUGUGCCCGACUGCCGCGGCCGCGCGCGUGUAUAUAUACAAACCCACCCGUGCCGCCCACUACACCACACUGCAGACUGCACCACCACACGCCGCGCCGCCGAGGAGAAGGGUGUGCGUGUGACUGAUCGACGACGGAGGAGCGCGUGUACGUUGCCGAGGCGACGAAGGGUGCAGUGAUCGUAUUUGUUGGUAGUGUACUAGUGUGCAUGCGCAUGGCGCUGGUGCGGGAGCGCGCGAUGGUGUACGGUGGAGGGUGCGACGCCGAGGCGUUCGGCGGCGGGUUCGAGUCGUCCCAGAUGGGGUACGGCCACGACGCGCUGCUCGACAUCGACGCGGCGGCGCUGUUCGGGGGGUACGAGGCGGCCGCCAGCGCCGGGUGCGCCCUCGUGCAGGACGGCGCCGCGGGGUGGGCGGGCGCGGGCGCGUCGUCCUCGGUGCUGGCGUUCGACCGCGCCGCUCAGGCGGAGGAGGCCGAGUGCGACGCGUGGAUCGAAGCCAUGGACCAGAGCUACGGCGCCGGCGGCGAGGCGGCGCCGUACCGGUCGACGACGGCCGUCGCCUUCGACGCGGCCACCGGCUGCUUCAGCCUGACGGAGAGAGCCACCGGCGGCGGCGGCGGCGCGGGUGGGCGGCAGUUCGGGCUGCUGUUCCCGAGCACGUCGGGCGGCGGCGUCUCCCCCGAACGCGCCGCGCCGGCGCCGGCGCCCCGCGGCUCGCAGAAGCGGGCCCACGCGGAGUCGUCGCAGGCCAUGAGCCCUAGCAAGAAGCAGUGCGGCGCCGGCAGGAAGGCGGGCAAGGCCAAGUCGGCGCCGACCACCCCAACCAAGGACCCGCAAAGCCUCGCGGCCAAGAAUCGGCGCGAGAGGAUCAGCGAGCGGCUGCGGAUCCUGCAGGAGCUCGUGCCCAACGGCACCAAGGUCGACCUCGUCACCAUGCUCGAGAAGGCCAUCAGCUACGUCAAGUUCCUCCAGCUUCAAGUCAAGGUUCUUGCGACGGACGAGUUCUGGCCGGCGCAGGGAGGGAAGGCGCCGGAGAUAUCCCAGGUGAAGGAGGCGCUCGACGCCAUCUUGUCGUCGUCGUCGCCGCUGAUGGGACAACUCAUGAACUGAACUACUACUGUAGAAGAAGAAACUACGAUAGAAAUUAUUAAUCAAUAACGAACCACCUCGUUCGAAGAUAAAUAAUCAAGGGAGGCAUAUGCAUACGUACGCAGGCACAAAACUUUUGUUUUUUUUCUCUCGCCACUGAUCAUUAGCGCUAUCAAUGUACCUUUUUUUAGGGGAGUUAAUUAGCGUGACACACGUACAGGGAGGUUUAACAUUUUGCUAAACCUUGUGGUCAUGUUCUUGUGUACUGCGACUAAAUACAACCCCCUUUUCUCUCUUCAUGAUAUGGAUCGUUCCAUCAUGUAAGUUUUAGUCAGAUCAAAACAUGUAACAGUGGUUA